AUGCAAUUACUAGUAACAUUAACAAGUGCCAUCGGCUUGGCCAGUACCGCAUUAGCUUUAUCUAUCCCUGGUGCCGACAUUCCGGACGUCCCUGGUUCCCUCGCCAGACGAGCUGUUGCGAAUUGCCAAUUCACAUACACGGUUACAGAGACCUACGCUAAGUCUGGCGCUGCAGCUACUAAAACAGUUUUCAAGCACGUGGAAUCUAAGCCAACUGCGGUGAACUGCGGUGCACAGUCUACCUGCAGUGUUGUAGUCAAGACGUCAACACGAGGGACUCCCGUCAGAGUGGUUUAUGGAAAGACCACAACGGUGGACCUACCAUAUUGCUCUCAACCCCCGGCUGCGCCAGAGGAAGAAGAGGAGGAGGAGGAGGAGGAGGAGGAGGAGGAAGAGGAUGAAUGA